AUGGAUGAAAGAAACAUCAAUGAAAAGAUUAGUGAACCAUUCUCCCUUGAUAUUAGUGAUCCAGGGAAUUGGGAAAAUAUGAAUCAGAAUUUAAGAGAUUUAAUCAUAUUGAAAGGUCCACUAUUCAAGAAUAAUGGGGUUCAAACUCAAUUGGCACAUGAUGGUGCGAAUGAUUGGAAAAAUAUUGGUGAAAAACUAAGAACACAUGAAGAACAAAUCAAUAAGGAUAGAGAAUAUUGGAGACAAGUAUUGUUGAGAAUAAUAUCUGUGGUUAGAACUCUUGCAGAAAAUAAUUUGGCGUUUCGUGGAGUUAAUGAGAAGAUAUGCCAAGAAAAUAAUGGUAACUUCUUAAACUUAAUUCAAAUGAUUGCUGAGUUUGAUCCUGUAUUGCAAGAGCAAAUUCGUCGAAUUCAAAAUAAAGAAAUUCAUUAUCAUUAUCUUGGACACAAAAUUGAGAAUGAGUUGAUACUUAUGCUAGCGGGUGAGAUCAAGAAAAUAAGCAUCGAGAAACUCAAAGAAUCCAAGUACUUUUAUGUGAUACUUGAUUGCACUCCAGAUUUGAGUCAUGAAGAACAAAUGUCUAUAGUAUUGAGAUGUGUUUAUAUUUCAGCAAGUCUAGUGAAG